AUGAAAGCUGCGUUUUUCAUUUUGUCAUUUCGUCGAACACAUGAUGCACAUCUCCCUCCCCCUCCAUUUAUAUCAUUCACACAAUUCCUAAACCUAAACAGUCACACUAACCCGGUCGGAUUCUAUCGAUGGAAUCACACACGGAGGAGGAUGAGUGGUGACGUAGUAAGGAAAGCUUGGGUGGUGGCCGCUACCAUCGGGUCGGUUGAGGCGUUGAAAGAUCAAGGCGUUGCACUGUGGAACAAACCUCUUAUGAAAAUUUCUUAUUAUUCGUCAACGGUGGUUACAACUCGUAAAUUCAGAGUGAGGAGAGGAAAAGAGGAAUCGAUGAAGAAAGCCAUGGAUAUGAGCUGCUUUGGUUCAAAUAAUGUUAGAUUUUAG